AAAUUGACAGCAGAAAUUCAAAACCCUUAUCUUCUCCAAUCUCCAUUGCUCAAUUUUCCUCUCAGACCCCUUCGUUGUAUUUGCUGUUUUCCUUGUUGCUAAACGUUGAUCUGACUUCUGAUUCCUGUACAGUUCUAGGGCUUAGUUCAUUCGAAAUUUGGGAUCGCAAUGAUUACCUCGUCGCCGGCUAAUUCUUCCAUUUCUACCACACCGGUUGCCGGAAGAUGUACCACUAAUGCCGCAAUGUCUCUUGACGAUUUUCGCUUCCCCGCCAAUUUAGUUUCCCUACAAGAGCGCAAGGACGAGGCCAUGAGCGCUCUUAAAUCUAAUAUAAUGGCUGCACUGAACAAGGAGGUCAAAUCCCUGGAUGAUGAUAACUGGAUGUUUGAAGGUCCUCGCUCUCGUAUCAACCUUACGUCACGACAAGGUGCUAAUUGCCAUGCAAUUCCAUAUCAGGUGGUCAUUUCCUCAAAAAGACUGAAGAGAAAACAAGAUAAUGGGCCAGCUUGAUCAUAAUCUCAGUAGAGUUCUUCGGCCUCAUUCCCACAAUCCAAUCAAGUAAUCCUUCUAUUCUAUUUGUAAUUUUUCUUUAGCUGUUAAAGGGUUUGCAAAUGCUUGUCCAAAUCAAACCUUGCUUGACAUGUUAGGCCGUUUUUCUAAUUAUUUUUAAAAAGUUUAUAGAUCGAAAACAUAUAUUUUGAAAGUUUAGAGGUUCGACAAAAAAGGUUGAUAUCUUGGUCGACUGCACAUAAAAUCGAGGUUUGAACACAAAUUGAGGCACAAACCUCCUCCUCUGGUUUUCCAUUCGAAUAUGUGAUGUAUUUAUAUGAAGAGUUCGACCUAUGACGCUUGAGUCGAGGUUUUGAGCUUUAAAUUAAAUUAACCCUAUAAUCCU